AUGUUUUUCCUUGUUUGUAAAUACUUACUGAUAACUGUGAUUUGCACUUUCAAAACCCACUCUGUAACUUUUUUAGAUCAACUUAUUUUAGUCGUUGAGGACAUUACACUUCAAAAUUCGGAAGAUGAGAGUAUUUAUGAAUUGGAUGCAAUUCCGAAUUAUGUUUUUAAGGCCCCUAGACAUCUUCCACCACUCUUUAUAAAACUGUGCUAUAAUGCACUGGAAUAA